CCUACUCUACGUGGGACUUCUUUUUCCCUAACUUAUUAUGUUUGCCUGAUCUGGAUCGAAUUGAAGCAUUUCCUACCUUGCGUUGUCUUAAAAUCCUAGCCAACAGGCCCUCGCGUACAAGCCGACUGACAAGUUGUGGGGGUUCCAUGAAUGAAGGGCUCGCAAGGGGCCCCCUCGUGCGCUUCAAUGUCUCACAGCAAAAACGUUCCUUGAUUCCAUGCCAAGGUCCCCCUGGCGGAAUGUUGAUAGGAAACACACCGCUGGUCGACUCUUUUUACUUGACAUCCUCACCACAAUUGUGUGGAUCCCGAGCCGCACAUUGUUAUCGUUGGACUCAAGGCCCAGAUCUUUCUAUUGAAUUCUCGUGGGCUUCGCAUCACCCCCUCGGUCUUUGCGGAGUAAUUCUUGCUCGCUCAAAUCGGAUAAAUACAUUUGCCUCUUGGUGUACGGAGUACGGGCGGCGAUCCUAUUCGCUGCAGAAAUGACAAUGCAACCCAACGAGGUCAAUCCAGUCCGCGAUACAAUCGAAACAGAUGCUAAAGAGCCCCUCCAUGAGCCAGUCUCUGCUUCAAGCACCAGCGAAGAUGCAGAGGCGAUUAAAAACGAGCAUCUGCAUCUCAGCAGACAGUGUUCUCUCGGAGGAAAGCAUGAAACGAAUGGUGAAGCGGGUGAUGCUUCAGAGAAACCAGGCGCCGUUUCCCAGGACCAGCAGGAGCCAGCAAUCGAUGGACCCCCCGAUAGCGGAUAUACAGCAUGGAUGACUGUCGUGGGAGGGUUCUGCAGCAUGUUCGUCAGUUUUGGCUGGACUAAUUGCAUGGGUAUAUUCAUCGACUACUACCAAACCCAUCAGCUGAGCAACCUGUCCACCAGCUCAAUAACAUGGGUCACCUCGUUAAUGACGUUCAUGAUGUUCUUCGGGGGCCCAUUCGUAGGUAUAUUGUUCGACAACUACGGUCCACGCUACAUCAUCCUCGGAGGCACCAUCCUACACGUCCUCGGUAUCAUGAUGACCUCCAUCUCCACAGAAUACUACCAGAUCCUCCUGGCGCAAGGCAUCUGCAGCCCCAUAGGAACCAGCGCUCUCUUCCACGCCAGCAUCAACUCCAUAAGCACCUGGUUUCGUCAACGUCGCGCCGUCGCCCUAGGCAUCGCGACCAGCGGCGCCAGUCUCGGCGGCGUAAUCCUCCCCAUCAUGCUGACCCGACUCUUCAACCUCCUCGGUUUCGGCUGGGCAAUGAGAAUCUGCGGCUUCCUAAUCCUCUUCCUCCUAAUCAUCACCAACUUCACCAUGAAAUCGCGCCUCGUCCAUCGCCGAAAACAAUUCCGUCUCAUGGACUUCAUCCGUCCCCUCCGCGAACUCCCCUUCAUCCUGACCACCGCCGGAACCUUCUGCUUCUUCUGGGGCAUGUUCCUCCCCUUCUCAUUCAUCCCCUCCCAAGCCGAACGAUACGGCAUGUCCUCCACCCUAGCCGCAUACCUAAUCCCCAUCCUCAACGCCGCCAGCACCCCCGGCCGCAUCAUCCCCACCUACCUCGCCGACCUCUUCGGCCGCUUCAACCUCAUGAUCCUAAUGACCCUACUGUCGGGAAUCCUCGUCGUCGCUCUCUGGCUCCCCAGCCACGGAAACGCCCCCGCCAUUGUUUUCAGCGCCCUCUACGGCUUCUCCUCCGGCACUGUCGUCUCCCUAGCCCCCGCCCUGGUAGCUCAGAUCUCUGAGAUCCGGGAAAUUGGUGUCCGCAGCGGCACGUAUUUCUUCAUUGUCUCGUUUGCUGCGUUGACGGGGACGCCGAUUGCUGGGGCUUUGUUGCCGGAUCCGUUGCAUGGGUCGUAUACGAAAUUGUUUAUCUUUUGUGCGGUGGUGAUGUUUGCGGGUUGUGGGUUUUAUUUUCUUGCGAAGGUGAGGAUGAUGGGGUGGGGAGUUUGGAGUAAGGUGUGAUUUGAUUUGAUUUGGUUUGGGU